CACGGUGCCCGAAGGAUUGGGACCCAUCUUGUUUAUUCCGUCUCCCUCCUGAUCAAAUAUCGACCGUACGUUUACCCUUUUGUCAGCUCUGCGAAACGAAACAACCUUUUUUCUUCAUCAAGGGCACAACCGGAAUAACAAAAGAAUAUAUGUACAUAUUUUCAUUUUAGACGACGAAAAAUAAAGAAAAGGAGAAGUCAAUUCUAUCGCAAUUCUAUCGCACUUUCCGAUUUGCCGCUCAUCGUCAUCGUCUUUCUUUACUAUCAUUGUUGUAAAAUUUUUUAAAAAAUCAAAUUAUUUAAGAAAGGGAAAUAGAGAACAUUUCAGUGAGAGUUUUGGAGAGAGAUGUCGGGAGGAAUAGCGCGUGGUCGACUCGCCGAGGAGCGGAAAGCAUGGAGGAAGAAUCAUCCCCAUGGUUUUGUUGCGAAGCCAGAGACUUUGCCGGAUGGAACGGUGAAUUUGAUGGUGUGGCAUUGCACCAUCCCUGGUAAAGCAGGGACUGAUUGGGAGGGUGGUUACUUCCCACUCACACUCCACUUCAGUGAAGAUUAUCCUAGCAAGCCUCCGAAGUGUAAAUUUCCACAAGGUUUUUUCCACCCAAAUGUUUACCCAUCUGGUACUGUUUGCCUUUCAAUCCUAAAUGAGGAUAGUGGUUGGAGACCAGCCAUAACUGUGAAGCAAAUUCUUGUGGGAAUCCAGGAUUUGCUGGAUGCUCCAAAUCCUGCUGAUCCUGCUCAAACCGAAGGAUAUCACCUCUUCAUCCAGGAUGCUAAUGAAUAUAAGAGAAGAGUUCGUCAGCAAGCCAAGCAGUACCCAACUCUUAUCUAGAUGCUACUAGAUUUUCCUAUACUUGCUGGUAAAAUGCCAGCUUCCUGCCUGCCUCAUGUAUGAUGCUAGACUUUUCUUUUGCUAGAGAAAAUGGCUUUGGUAUUUGGUAAUUAUCAGUUACCUUUCUGUGUAAACUGUAUGAACCAGCAUUUGCACUCAUUUGAUUUCGAUAAAUGGUUAUAUAUAUAUGCUUUAGUGGACUUGCAACUUGCAAGUGAAA